GGUGCGCUCAUCCUCCUUAGAGCGUUAUUCGUUAAACUUAGAGUUAGUCGCACUGCAGUCAUAUAGUUCACGUUUGUCUUGGAUUACUUUUUUGGCAUUAUUUUAUCGUGUAAAGUAAACAGUAAACACAGUACAAUCACAGAACAGCACAACCUUAAUCAUCAAGUGGAAGGCGCGUUCUUCCAGAAACUUAUUUCAUGCUACCUUGUGGAACUCAUAUUGAACAUUAAAGCUCGAACUUCGGUUUUUACGUUACCCUUUUGCAUGCAACAAGGACUUUAGAAUCCCUUACUGUUGGUCGCGACUCUAUAGCACUAUUUGUCACUUAGGCCCUUGGAUCAGGUGUAUCCACGGCGAAGUUUAAGAAUAGGGUCCCAAAACCUUCAACGCUCAAAUGACCUUGAACGCAUGCUAGUCGUUGGCUAACGGUUCCUGUCAUUAUCAUAGCUGAAAUAUCAACCCUAUUCAUCAAAUAAGGAGCAAGUUUCACCCAGAUAACACUUUUAUUACUGUUUGGACAAUGUGUUAACAUCUCGUUAGGGUUAGGAUAGGGGUUAAGGCGAGUAUUGUGGUUAGGGUUAGGUUUAGGGUUAGUGUUAGGGUUUAGGGUUAGGGUUAGAAUUAGGGUUAGGGUUUAGGAUUAUGGUUAGGGUUAGGGUUAGGGUUUGGGUUAGGGUUUAGGUUAGGGUUAGGGUAGCGAUUAGGAAUAGAUUUUUCGUGUAUUUCAAGUUCGUUUGUAAUCCUUAUUUCCCUUGUAUGUAGUCGCCAAUGGUCUUACUGGAACCAUAGUAACUAAACCGAGGGCUGAGGAGAGGACUACACAGCAAGAGAAGAGAGAUGAACCAUUCCCAAAACAGCACACCUUCAGUCUCUUUGGUGAUUACAUCUACAGAAACUAGUCCAAAUUAGCAACUGAUACUCUUCAUCGCAACUGGAACGUAUUUUUAAGUCACAUAAGAGAAAUAUAAUCCGUUUAAUGUUUUUUUUCAUGCAUUUUUUGUAAAUAUACGUUAAAUUUUAUGCAAAAUUCCUCCUAUUUUCUGAUUGGUCGGCUCAAGGUCAUUGUGCGUUCGCAUCUCUUGGGACUCCAUUCUUAAACUUUGCCGUAUCCACCAAUUUUCGUUUGAAAAACAAAGAGCUUUGGAGGUUUUAUCACAGAUUUAUAGACGGAUCAUAGUUUUCAAAUGUCAGAUUCAGAGUCAUCAGAGGACAUCCAGGAGAUCCUGGCCUGCCCAGGCUUAUAUCAGGAAAUUGCACCGGCACCCAAACAUGUGUACAACAAGCCAGCAUUGUCAAAUACUCUUAGUUAUGUCAAGAAUAAUCUCCCAUGGAUUGAACGACUAGAUGUCGUUUGUGACGCAGCCCCAGCCCCAAAAGAUCUAGAUCUAGAUGACUUGCAGAAGAUAGAUCCAGAUGAUGACUUUAAAAGAGAGAAUUAUUUUUAUCGCAUAGCACAAGCUGCAGUAUUGAAAGCUAUCCCACAGUUGCAUGCUUUAGAUGUACCAACUAAACGUCCAUCUGAUUAUUUUGCAGAAAUGGUUAAAACAGACAGUCAUAUGACAAAGAUUAAAGAGUACUUAGUUGAAACCAAACAAAAGUUGGCCUUACGUGAACGAGCUAGACAAAUAAGAGAAAGACGUAAAUUUGGCAAACAAGUUCAACAGAAAGUUAAUCAAGCACGUAAAGAAGAGAAACGUAAAUUAACAGAAGCUGUAAAAAGUACAUGGAAGAAAACAGGUAUUAAUCGUGAAGAGAGAUUGGAACAGAUAUUGAAUGAUUUCAAAAAAGAUUAUGAACCAAAUGAAAAGUCGAAUAAAAAGGCAACUGAGAAAAAUUUUCAUACUCCCAAGGAUUAUGCUAAUUGGCGAAAAAUUAAUCAUAAACGUGUUUAUAAAAAUAAUAAAUAUGGUCAUGGUGGACAGAAAAAACGUCAAAAGCGUAAUACAGCUGACUCGUUGAAUAGUGGAGCUCGACGGGAUUUCAGUCAAUUGAAGCAUCAAGCAACACCGAAUAAGGCAAAACAAAUUCGUAAAGAUAUACGCAAGUCAAGACAAAAACAGAAAAAAGUGUCAAAAAGGCGUGGUUAAAUUAUCCCGGAAGAAUAAAUACACAUUCAUGUUCUGUACAUUAUUUUGUAUAGUAUUAUUGGUUGUUUUAUAAAUCUGAUAUCAUCAUUAUAUAUCUGUCCAAACCAAGUUCACUUUUAAUAGUUUGAAAAAAUUU